AUAGACGCCCAGACACUUUUAAUGAUUAACUACAUCCUCCUGGUCUCGCGGCAAGGGAAAGUGCGUCUUGCAAAAUGGUUCUCGACGCUGCCGCCCAAGACCAAAGCCAAGAUAGUGAAGGAUGUAACUCAGCUUGUAUUAGCUCGGAGAACGAGGAUGUGUAAUUUCUUGGAAUACAAAGACUCGAAGGUUGUGUACCGACGAUACGCAUCCCUGUUCUUCGUGACCGGUAUUACCUCUAGUGACAACGAGCUUAUCACGCUGGAAAUCAUCCACAGAUAUGUGGAGGUCCUUGAUCGCUACUUUGGGAAUGUCUGCGAGCUUGACUUAAUCUUCAAUUUCCAAAAAGCAUAUGCUAUACUAGAUGAGCUGAUCAUCGCGGGAGAGCUUCAGGAAUCAUCCAAAAAAUCUGUUUUGCGGGUGGUGACACAAUCCGAUAGUGUCGAAGAGCAAGAGAGUUCAGAUGAUAUGAUGGCAAGACUAGGCUCAAGAAGCGGCCCAAUGAUGUGAACGCGUAUGUACAACUAUUAGGAUGCAGUCUAUGAAUAUCAACCCUUUGUCCUCGUGGGCCUUGGAACGAAUCAUCCCUUCAUUGCCUUCAAAUCGUCCUUGCUCUUCUCCCAUGAAUUCGUACUGGUUACAGCUGACCUUUGUACUAACGUAACGAAAAGAAACAGUUGCCGAAGGUAGACCUCAUAUCAAACAGGCAAGAAAACGAGGUUAUUCAAGUCCGAUAGUGCCAGCUCGCUGUUAAUUUAUGAGCUUGGUUGAGAUUGUACACGAAUAGGUUACGCAGCGAACACGUCUGUGUAAACUGUAAAUAUAUUACUUUAGAUUACUUUAUGGGCGCCAAAGACUUGCCGGG